AUGAACGGCGACCUCUCCCUCGCUCAGUCUCUGGGCGGUCUACGAGUCACCAAUCCCGACACUGAAGCCCUCCAAUCGCCAACCUCGCCCCCCUCCUCCUCCGAGAGCAGACCGCCGCCGCCCUCGUCCCACUCCUCUCAGAGCACCGUUACCGACUCUCGGCAACCCGAUCUGAGCUUGCCGUCCUUCGAACAUGAAGCUGGGAGCGAAGGCUCAAGCUUAGACUUCAAUCCGGACAGCUACAACCUGCAGGUGGCCAAUGACCCUCCUCAGCAUGCAUUGUCGGGGUCACCAUCGACACCGUCCAACAACUUCUCCUCCUCGAGACUGAACCACCGGUCUAGCAUGGGGUUUGGCCCGCAAGCCCAGCAGACUGGCCAGUACCCUGCUCAUCCCGCCGCAUACCACAAUCAACUUCGCAAUCCAAAUGUACAGGAUCCCUCAUUAGCUCCACGACCGAUCAGCGCUAUGUACAGUCAGAUGAACAAUUCCUCGAGCUCCGGAAUGUCCCUGGGGUCAACGUAUCGUUACAGAGACGACGUGGGAUCGUCGGACGGCAGUCUGGGUGGCCUGACAAGGAGUGGAUCGCGGGCUGCAAGGCAGAUGAUGGGACAAGUACCUCAGAGGGAGCUCAGCAGAUCCUACAGACAACCAGCAACGCCUAUGAACGGAGGAAACGUUGGAGGGCCACUGCCACCCAGAAGGGAUUCUAGGCGAGCUCGAGCUCCGACGGGAAGCUCUACUGCAACUGGCGGAUAUGAUGGCGUUGAUCAGCCGUAUGCAGGCUCGGCACCCGUACCCAGACCAGCAGAAGAAUGGCGGGAACGCGCUGCAGCGACAGGAACGCAAAGAGAAGCGGACGCUUCGGGACAAACACAGUCACGAUUGGUCAAGAAAGGACCGAAAGAUUUCAACUUUGGGAGAACGCUUGGAGAAGGCUCUUACUCGACCGUGCUGGCCGCUACCGACAGGCAGAAUCUGAAGGAGUACGCCAUCAAGGUCUUGGACAAGAGACACAUCAUCAAGGAGAAGAAAGUGAAGUACGUCAACAUCGAGCGUGACACUCUCAAUCGACUCACUGAGCAUCCUGGCAUUGUGCGUCUGUACUACACUUUCCAGGACGAAAGGUCGCUGUACUUUGUCUUGGAUCUGGCAUCCGGGGGAGAGCUUCUGGGAGUGCUCAAGAAAAUGGGCUCCUUCGACAUUGAAUGCACACGAUUCUACGGCGCCGAGAUUCUGGAUAGUAUAUCAUACAUGCACAGCCGAGGCGUCAUACAUCGCGACCUGAAACCAGAGAACGUUUUACUGGACCGGGAUAUGCACGUCAAGAUCACCGACUUUGGGACAGCCAAAAUUCUACCUGAUCCGCGGGCGAACAACAUCGGAGAGACUUCAGGCGAUCCGACAGAUGGAGCCGAGACAGACCGAGCGGUCUCCUUUGUUGGUACUGCAGAAUACGUGAGUCCAGAGCUGUUGCGCGACAAGAACGCAUGCAAGGCCUCGGAUCUCUGGGCGUUUGGAUGCAUCAUCUACCAACUCUUGGCAGGAAGGCCUCCCUUCAAGGCCGCCAACGAGUACUUGACGUUUCAGAAGAUUUUGGCGCUGGAUUACACAUUUCCCGAUGGCUUCCCAGACCUGGCACGGGACCUCGUCGAGCGACUCCUUGUGCUCGAACCCGCGAACAGGCUGCCUGUAGAGCACAUCCGAACUCACAGGUUCUUUGAAGGUGUGCAAUGGGGCAAGGCAUUGUGGCGGCAGAAGGCGCCCCGGCUGAAACCGUAUGUACCACCACCUGCGGAGCCGAUCAGGCUGAAUGGCCUGAGUAAGAGCAAGAGCAAUGGAAGCGCAAACGCCCUCGCAAACAUGGGUGCCGCAGCAGCCAUGAACAAUGCUGCGGCAACGACAACACAGCAGUCACAAGCUCCAGCUCGAAGGCCGCAGCUACAGAAUGUGACGGAGCUCCCACCGCCCAGUCAACUGGAUCUCGAGUGGGCACCUGUGCUCACACAUAACAAUGAACGGAUCUUGAAGCUGGGCAACCUGGUGGUAGCGGCCGUGCCACAAGCAUCGAGCCCGAAUGGGAAGAAUGGCGAGCCACAGACGCCGGUGGAGAAGCCGAAGUUCUCGCGGUUCUUCAGCAGCAACACGACGAAGCGGCGAGAACGGCUUGUCCUGAUCACGUCGGCGGCCAGACUCGUCGUCGCUGCGGCGGGCGGGAAUGAGAAGAAGUCGAAGAUGGAGAUCAACCUCGCGGCGAACGGAUCGACAUGUAAGAGCUGCAUGGACGGCAAGGGACUGACGUAUUGGUCGCUCGGCACGGUAAGUGGAGAGAGGGCGCAUUGAGCGGCGAAGCGAAGCGAUGCUAGCAUGUUGAGCGGGUUGCUGACGAGAGUGGUCGCAGCGAGACAAGCAGUACAUGUUCGAGGAUCCGCGAGCUACGACGUCUGACCCGGCGGGCAGCAAGUACAGCACACAAGAGUGGCUUGACGCGGUGGAGCAAGCGCGCGAGGUAGCCAUGGCGACGUCGAUGACCAACAGCUACUCGGAGGACUCGACGCUGAACGACCUGCGCAACACGUCGAACAAGGGCAGCGCGUCGGAGUCGGUGGGUGGCGAUGCGGUGAUGCCGCUCAGCGGGCCGAGCGCGGGCGAGAGGCAUAACCUGCGGCACACGCUGCGCAGGAACACGGACGACGAGGCCAGCCUGAAGGGACGGAAGCGGUUCAGCAAGCGGCACAGCAAGAGCGGGCUGGCGGCGGUGUUCUAG